UAUUUAAUGAGAACAAAGGGACGUGCCGAUAUUUCAAGGAUCAUAACACCCGCAGUGCAUUUGUCAGAGAUAAUGUCUUCUGACUGGUCGCUUCUAUUCUUGUGUUUGGUUUGAUGUUACUUGGGCUGUCAGAAAUAAAUGUGUCCCCUGCUUGCAUGCUAACACGUUGAGUUGCGAGCAGAAGGAAUGGUGGAUAUCGAUGUUCUCCACAGGAACGCAUCGGCGAGGAAUGUUCACUGAAGUCAUUCUCACAGAAGGUCCUUCGCACAUGUAUUGAUUUUCCUCAGCUCUGCAAUAAUUUCACACUCAGUUCUCGUCGCAGCUUUGAGAUUCACAUUUUGCAUAAAUUGACCGGAUCAACUGGGUGCUUGUGGCAAGAUGGAAACGAAAACGGACAUGUUGUGGCUUCUGCAUUUGGCCGCCAUGCUGCUACUUACAACAGUAAGAUGUGAUGAAGAGGAGGAGUCACCAAAAGGCAGUGAUAUCUGUGGGGGACGACGGCAUGUUUGUACUACGCUGAUGAAGUACCCAGAUGGUUAUGUUGCUAACGAGGGCCCCUAUUGCACCUGUAGCGACGGCAACUGUGGGUCGGCGUGGAGUGACAACGACGACAGAGCACUUACCUGGCAGCAUUACGAGAGAGGUCACUGGAAGGUCCAGUACCGGUUCUGCCAAUCGCUGAUAUCUGAAGAUAAACUGCGUGAGUGUGAGAGUGGAGAACUGUCUACUGUAGUGGAGACAGAGGUGACGUCUUGGAAACCAUACAUGCUCCCAAUGAGGUGCCGCUGUAGACAUGACCUAUAUCACAUGACAGGAUGGAAAAGAGACGGCAACGUGUGGAAGUACUCGUACAAGUGUGAUAAGCCUGAGUGCAAGGAGAACGGUGGUGUGUGCGCAACGAUAUUUAUGGAUCUAAACAAAAAGACGGACAUAGUAAAAGAGGUGAAAUUCAAAUGUGCAUGUCCACCGGGACAUUUAUGUCCCGCGAAGAUUAGGGAUGAAAGCAAGGAGACAGAGGCACAAAAGGAGGUGAAGUGUCAACCGAUAAAACAGUCUCACAACAAGAUCUAACCCGUGUAUGGGCGCUCUCUGUCCCCGACCACCCUCACACUGUCGUCUUGCUACUGCACAUUAGUAUGGGGGAUGCUCGAUGAUACAGCGCAGAGGAGAGCUUCAAAUUACACUGAACUAGGCGUAUCUGUUAUAUAUUUGCUGUCCUGUAUAUCUUUAUAUCUGCACCGCACACUGCACUGUGUUUAUCUUUUGUACUUCUCAUUGAUAUAAUAUUCUCUCAGAAUCAGUCAUGUGUUUCUGCGUAUAUGUACUCGAAUGUAUGAUGGACAGUAAUUAUUACCAAGAACUCUCAUUAGAUAUUUUAAAAGAUGAAUCUCGUUACAGAAAUCUUUCAGACAGUUCGGAGAAAUCAGUAUUACUUAAUCUUAAAAGAUUAGUAUAUUCACAUUCUCAAUGCCUGACUAAAAACGAAGAGGAUUAUUUAUUUAAUUUUGAAUCGUAAGAAAGUUAUUUUUAAGGCCCCCUAAAGUUCAUAAGAGCUUACAGAUCCAAGAAUAAUGACGAGCAUUGAAUUCUGCUUAUGUCAAAAUAUCCCCCGUAAAUUAUUUAAAAUUACGGAUAAUAAUUGCGGGACCCAAAUGUCCCACACACAGAAUCAGUGACCUUAUGGAUAAAGUGUUAAAACCCAUAACUAAACAUGUCAAGAGCUACAUAAAAGAUACCACUGAUUUUCUGAACCAACUUCCCGCCUCAGUCGAAAAUGGUACAAAGUUAGUCAGUUUUGAUGUAGUUAGUUUAUAUUCAAACAUUCCCCAUGAUCUCGGCAUAGAAGCUAUUGAAUACUAGAUAAAUAAGCACUGUUCGGGGAUCCGAGAAGAAAUUACCUCUGAAUUCCUUAUCCAUAGUACUAAGUUAAUUCUCAACAAUAAUAAUUUUAAUUUGAUGGUUCUCAUUACAAACAAGUUAAAGGCACAGCAAUUGGUACAAAAAUGGCCCUUCUUAUGCAACUCUUGUACUUGGUUAUUUGGAGGAAAAACUGUACUAAAAAUUGAUAAAAAAUUAGGCAUUCAAAUUGGACAGGGAUUCCUAGAUAAAUGGAACAGAUUUUUAGAUGAACCGGAAUGGAGACGAUCUACAGUGUUUGAUAUUUUUAACAGACACUCCAUCCAAGUUUUAUCUUUAUCUUUAGAGAUGAGAACAAAUGAUGAUAACAAUCAAUCGUUUCUAGAUGUUAUGGUUAUAAUUUCAAACAAUAAUAUUAAAACAGAUGCAUAUUGCAAACCAAUCGAUUACAAACAAUACCUCAAUUACAAUUUCUGUCACCCCCGUCAUACUAAAAACAGUGUCCCUUACUCGUUAGCACGUAGAAUCUGCGCUAUAGUAUCUAAUUCAGAUCGUGCACAAUAUAGACUCGAUGAACCGAGGGAGUCACUAUUAGAAAGAAACUACCCUAGAAAAAUUGUAAAAGACGCAAUAAACAAGGCUAAAUCACAAAACCGUUGUGAUCUUUUAAAACCUAAAGAUAAAACUAACGAGAGUGUUCUCCCUUUUGUUUACAACCUUUAAUCCCCCAAACCCGGAAAUAUUUGGAAGUGUUCGGGAGACACUGUAUUCUUUACAUAAAUGUAAAGGACUAAAACAAACAAAAAAUGUCACAAAGUAAGCUUUUAAAGUAAAAGACAGAGCCAAAUUAUGAAACCGAUUCUUACUAGGGCUUCUUUCUAAAAAGGAAAACAAGAAUGUAAAACAGUACAAAAAGUGUAUCAGACCUAAUUGUGGCACUUGCCCUCAUGUUUUACAAUGUUGUUCUUUUACAUUCUUUUAAAACUUUCUAUGUCCGUGAAAAUAUGAACUGUGCUUCGAAAAACUUGGUUUAUGUCAUACAAGGUGCUGGAUGCUAAGCCAAAUACAUUGGACAGACAGGGGACACCCUAAGAGCGAGAGUGAGGGUCCACCGACAACAAAUACGGGACCCCUCUUGCCGGUGUAUCCCACUCAGUCAACACAUUGAUCAAUGUGCCUGGAAUAAUUUUUUUGUUUUGCUUGUGAUAUGCCCGUUUUACAAAUGUGACAAUGAUGCACUGAGAAAGAUAAAAGAAAGUUAUUGUAUUAAUACUUUCAAACCAAAAUUAAAUGGCCUGAAAUAAUUGAAUUAUUUUAUACAAUUACUGUACAUUUUACUGCCACUACAAUACUUAUUUACCCUAUCGCCCUACGCCUGUCUUAUUGUGACGUCACAAAGUUAGAUUGCACUAUGACGUCAUACUAUGUUAGAGUGCACUGUGACGUCAAAACAACGUAACAGCAUAACUGUACUCUUGAAAAUCACAUCCGUGAAACCGGUUGAGUAAAUUAUACAGCUCA